UCCUUAAGCCCGGGCGCCGGGCGGGACCCGCGGAGCCGCGACAAUGGCGGAGCCGACUGGGGCCGAGCCGGGGGCGCAGCGGGGCCCCCGCACCUACGCGCGCCGCUGGGUGUUCCUGGCGGCAGUGGGCCUGCUCAGCUGCUCCAACGCCACGCUGUGGCUCAGCUUCGCGCCUGUGGCUGACGUUGCUGCCGAGCACUUCGGCCUGUCCAUGGAGCAGAUCAACUGGCUGUCGCUGGUCUACCUCGUGGUGUCCAUCCCGUUUGGCAUGGCGGCCAUCUGGGUCCUGGACUCCGUCGGGCUCCGCGGGGCGACCAUCCUGGGCGCGUGGCUGAACUUUGCAGGGAGUGUGCUACGCAUCGUGCCCUGUGUGGCUGCUGGGACCCGAAACCCGUUUGCCUUCCUCAUGGGCGGCCAGAGCCUCUGUGCCCUUGCCCAGACCCUGGUCAUUUUCUCUCCGGCCAAGCUGGCUGCCUUGUGGUUCCCAGAGCACCAGCGAGCCACGGCCAACAUGCUGGCCACCAUGUCGAACCCCCUGGGCAUCCUUGUGGCCAACGUGCUGUCCCCUGCACUGGUCAAGAAGGGCGAGGACAUUCCACUAAUGCUUGGUGUCUACGCCAUCCCUGCUGGCGUUGCCUGCCUGCUGUCUACCACCUGCCUCUGGGAGAGCGUGCCCCCCACCCCGCCCUCUGCUGGGGCUGCCAGCUCCACCUCGGAGAAGUUCCUGGACGGUCUCAAGCUGCUCGUGAGGAACAAGGCCUAUGUCAUCCUGGCUGUGUGUUUUGGGGGAGGCAUCGGGAUCUUCUCCAGCUUCUCAGCCCUCCUGGAGCAGAUCCUUUGUGCGAGCGGCUACUCCAGCGGCUUUUCUGGGCUCUGUGGAGCUCUCUUCAUUGUGUUUGGGAUUCUGGGCGCGCUGGCUCUCGGCCUCUACGUGGACCGGACCAAGCACUUCACUGAGGCCACCAAGAUCAGCCUGUGCCUGACCUCUCUGGCCUGCGUGGCCUUUGCCCUGGUGUCCCAGCUGCGGGGACAGACCCUCGCCCUGGCUGCCACCUGCUCGCUGCUUGGGCUCUUCGGCUUCUCGGUGGCCCCCGUGGCCACAGAGCUGGCAGUGGAGUGCUCCUUCCCCGUGGGCGAGGGGGCUGCUGCGGGCCUGGUCUUUGUGCUGGGGCAGGCUGAGGGCAUGCUUAUCAUGAUGGUGCUGACGGCACUGACUGUGCGACGCUCGGAGCCGUCCUUCUCCACCUGCGUGCAUGGGGAGGAUGCACUUGACUGGACAGUGUCCCUGCUGCUGAUGGCCGGCCUCUGCACCCUCUUCAGCUGCAUCGUGGUGCUCUUCUUCCACACCCCAUACCGGCGCCUGCAGGCCGAGUCCGGCGGGUCCCCCGCCACCCAGAAUGCGCGCCCAGGCGCCGAGGACCGGGUGCCCGGGAUGGACGGAGGGGGCGCGGGACGGGACGGGGUCCUGGACAGCGCGGCAACUCCGGAGCGCAGGGGAUGUGGCCUCGGUAGAGGGUCCAGAAGCCCCCGAGCCCCCGCCCUGCCCCCGCCUAGUGACCCCCGCGAGCGGACUCGGACUCGCAGGCAGGGCCCAACGUCCAGGUUUAUUGAAGGGGCCGCGCCUCACUCCUCCUUCUCCUCCCCGUGGGUGAUCACGUAGCUCAGCGCCUUGUAGUCCAGGUUGCC